GUAUCGCAGAUUCCGUUACGACGCCGCGACCAGACCGUGUGUUCUCCGGGCGCGUGUGCCGUGUGUUCGUGUGUUUGCGCGCGUUGUGUGUACCGUGUGCGCGUCGUCCGUACGACAGAUAAUAUUAUAAUAUAGAAAAACGCUUACCCCGUCGUCGGCAUGACCGCGACGACGUCGACGGCGGCCGCGGCGCACUGUUGCGACGGCGAAGAACUUCGCGUUCCCGGUUCGCCGCAACCGUACGCUCGCAGGGUUCGAGGUUCUUGGCGCGACUAUCUGGAACCGCCUGACGACGGUGCGGGCGUCGGUCUCGUCUACGACGGAUCGUACGGCGGCCGCGGCGGCGACGACGACGACGAAGACGUUGACGAAGAAGAGGAAGACUCUUACGACGACGACGACGAUUCGUACGACGACGACGACGACGAAGACUGUUCUUGUUGUUCGCUGUGUUCCUCGGGCGGCGGUCUCCGCGGACGGGACACGCCGCCGACGACGUCCCGAUCCUCUUCGUCGGCGUCCGCGUCGUCGAUGUCGUCUACCGGUUCGUCCGCGGCUGCCGAUAUGAUAUCGUCUCCGGCGCUGCCGCCGACGCCGCCCGCGCUCAGGCACGACCUGUCGCCGGUUUUCGAACCUUUCAUGCGCGGCUCGUGCCUGUGCAUACGGUGCCAGAAGCGCCGUUACUCGUUGGACUUUUUCAAGAGCACCGACUUCAGGCGCGGCAUACCGUCGCCCAACGUGUACAUGAUCGACGAACGGUCGUGCAAAGUCGUCCACGACUACAUUCACGAUCGUGAUCUACAAAUUGGUCAUCGGCCAGCAAAUGUUGUCAAAGACAAAAAAUUGAACUUCAUCACCUGGGAACCGUACUUUUGUGUUCUUCUGCAAGAUGAACAGACAUUAACUGCAUAUAGAAGCGAGGAAUUAUCCAUAUUCCCUGGGACUGCGCUAAGGACAAUAACGCACGCUUUUAAGAUCGGAGAUUCACUAUUCGUGGACCUUCCCCGGGUCCGCCUAGAUGGAGGGGCGAAAAAGUUCCGUCAACGAUGGGGUUACGAGUUGAUCAAUCAGCCGCCCGUCCUGUUGGAAGAGGACGAAGACCAAGACGAUGAAGACGCACCUGACAGCGCGUCGCUACGUGAGACAACAGAGAGACCCACCGCUGUAGCUGUGUGCGUUCCGUCUCCAAUGGACACUUCGUACGAAAAAGCCUGUCGCCGAGGAAGCGCUCCCACGACUCCCGUACUCGGCAACACCAGAUCACUGGAACUCACACCCUCGAGAAUUGUGAAUUUCUUUUCAAAGCGGUCGUUCAGGUCAAAUCCGCUAAAACGAACCAAAAGCGUUACGAAAUUGGAGCGAAAGAAAGCGCUGGAAUCUGAUGGAAACGCUAGCCCGGGCAACGGACCUCGGCUGAGAACGUCCCGUUCGCACGAGUCGCUUCUGUCUGGUCAGUCGCAGAGCAUCAUGCAAUCGUUGGACCUUAGCAGUGGUGGUGUGGAGAUCAAACCUCUACAUCCGUCCGUAUUGGGCCGAGAAAAUUGUUUUCAGGUGACAUUGCCGGCGGGUAAUACUAGGUACUUCUCGUGCCGCACUGCCGAGGAACGUGACAAAUGGGUGUACAGUUUGAGGAAAUCUGUACAACCCGACCAGGAGCACAUACGCCGCACGGAAAACGCGUUGAAAAUAUGGAUUUUAGAAGCCAAAGGAUUGGCCAACAAAAAAAGGUAUUUUUGCGAGCUGUGCCUGGACAAAACGUUGUUUGCGCGAACGUCGUCAAAACAGAAAUCGGAGCUCUGUUUUUGGGGCGAACACUUCGACUUCACUAGUCUACCAGAAGUGAACGUCAUAAACGUGCACUUGUAUCGGGAAGGUGAAAGGAAGAAGAAAAAGGAUAAGAGCUUCCUAGUCGGCACUGUUAGUAUUCCAGUACACGAUGUCACAUCCAGAUUCCUUACCGAAAAAUGGUACCCAGUGACCAUGGAGAAAAGCCUCAAAGACCCUCCGUCAUUAAGAGUGAAAUGCCGUUUUCAGAGUGUCGACAUACUGCCUGUACAAAUCUAUCAAGAAUUCUUACAGUAUUUAAGAACAGACUACAAGACCAUUUGUGAAAUCUUGGAACCUGUAGUCGGCGUAAAGGCCAAAGAAGACAUAGCUACGGCUUUGGUGCAUGUCAUGCAAAAGGAAAAUUUAGCUAAAGAGUUCUUGUCUGACAUUGUAAUGAUGGAUAUUGAAAAGGUCGAAGAUGAUCGACUGACAUUCAGAGGCAAUUCGCUAGCUACUAAGGCAAUGGAAGCGUACUUGAAGUUGACUGGCGAAAAGUAUUUACAUGAAACUCUGAGUGAACUUGUGUCAAAUGUCAUGCAAACCGGUUUCGAUUGCGAAGUGGAUCCUCUCAAAGCGGGUAGUGCUUCAAACUUGGCCAAACAGCAAGCUAAUUUAAGAAAUGCCGUUGAAACCACUUGGAAUCGUAUACUCUCUUCUCAUACAUCAUUUCCAUUUGAACUUCGAGAGUGUUUUACAAGGUUCCGUGAACGUAUGAACAGUUCUGGACGCCACGAUAUUAGUGACAAUUUAAUUUCAGCAUGUAUUUUCUUAAGAUUUUUAUGUCCAGCCAUUUUGUCUCCUAGCUUGUUUAACAUUACACAUGAAUAUCCUAAUGAAAAGGCAGCACGGAAUUUGACUUUGGUGGCAAAAACUCUUCAAACCUUGGCUAACUUUACGCGAUUCCAAGGAAAAGAAAAUUUCAUGGAGUUUAUGAAUGACUUUCUGGAACGCGAAGCAGCUUCAAUGAAGUCUUUCUUAAAGAUUAUAUCUAGUCCUGUACCGAAUGGUUAUUCAACUCCACAAGACCACUCGACUGAGUUUGAUGGACACAUUGACCUUGCCAAGCAAUUGAGCAUACUUCAUACAUUGUUAAUGGAGUGUGUGGAAAAAAUAUCUCCAGUACGUCUUCAGGAAGUAGAAAAGUUGCACAUGAUACUAGAAAGAAUACAAUUAGCACUUGCUCAGCCUCCUGGAGUUAGAACACCAUUAAAAAAUUACAUUGAAAAUCAACCAUCUAAUGAUCAGAAUAAUAUUUAUCAGCCUGUACAACAUCAGAACAUUUUUAGAUAUAAUGACCCGACAUUGAAAGAUGGUGCUCAACGUUUGUAUGGGUCAACACAAGGGUCAUCUUUGAACAGCACAAAUAAUUUGGUUGGAAGUUCAACACUGUUGUGUGAAAAACGUCCUAUGACCAAUACAGCACGUGCAUCGACUCUACCCCGCAAUGCAUUCUUUUCGUCAAAUCCUGGUUCGCCCAACCUACAACUUUGCCCUAAGCUAAAGUUUGAUGAACCAGUUUCUACUUACAAUGGAUUUACUCCUCAUCAUCACAUCAAUCAUAAUAACGGACACAAUUCUGAUAUUGAAAUUGACCAACAGCAAAAGGGAAGUCAAAUGUCAAUUUCCACAUUAUCAAAUGUAGCAUCUUCAGGUUAUCAGAGUUUUGCGGCAUAUAGUCAGAGCUCAAGUCCUGUUGAUUUGACCAAUAACAAUAGUAAACCGCCAAUAGCUAAUGGCAAUGCUGCUCUGCCUCCUCUGGCAUUCGUCAAUCCCGUCUAUCAACAUCAUCACCACCACCAUCACCAUCAUCAUCACCAAAGAAAACAGCGUCCACGAUCAUGCAGCUCCUCUGAAGAUGAGAAUACUCCUGUUAAUGACAAAAUAGCUCAAGUGGCACCAAGAUUCCUACCACCCCAUCGAGCUCCAAGGACUAAUCCACAGUGCAAUGGUGGUGGUAUGGCCCGGUCCUUAGCUUGGAAAUGGUCUCCAAACAAAGUCAAUGGAGUCAGUCCUAAUCCUAAAUGUACAUCUGGUGAUAAAAAAAUAUGCCCUGCUGAAAUGCCUUUAAGAAGGCGUGUGUCUAUUGAUUCCAGCCGUGGAAUGUCUGAAGAUUCUUCCGAGGACGAAGACACGAGAAAUCAAAAUAUUGCCAAUAAAUUGAAAACCAAUCGCUCUAUUGAUCAAAUAAGCUACCAGAAAGAAAUUGAACGUCUUCAAACCAAUGUGCAAAUACUUAAAUUAAAGUUGGAACAGGCCGAACAACAAUUGGAAUCUGAACCUGAUUCACCAGAAAUUAUUGAUAAUGAACCUGAUAAUAUGAAAAAUAUAAUAGCAAGGUUAAUGUCUGUGGAAGAUGAACUGAGACGUGAGCAACGCAAAAUGUCCGACACCCUGACUCACAAACAACGUGUGAUUGAGGCUCAAGAACACCAGAUUGCCGCAUUGGAUGCAGCUAACAAUCGAUUAUUGAAUGCUUUGAGCCAGCUCAAAGAACGGUAUCAAAUGACCAAUGGAAAAACCAAUAGUCCAACUCCCAAUAUCAACCAUAGACUGCUUGCCGAGCUUGGUGAACUCAAGAGCUCAUCUUGUUAAAAGUUAUCCUGAUCUGUCCUGUCCUCUCAUUAUAUUAUAUAUUUUAAUUUAGAUAGUGUGUAUCUAAAAACAAAUAUAUAUUGUCUAAAAUUGGUUCAAAUACAGUUUUUUCAACUUAAGUUGACGACAUUGGAUAGGUUGUUGCAUUAUUUAUGUAAAUGCGUUUUUACGCAAAAUAAACUUAAUUAAAUUACUAAUUUCAAUCAUUAUCAAGUAUUAUUAACUUUAAUGUGUUCUUACAUAGUUAUACAUACAUAUAUAUUUUUUAAUGUAAAAUAAUAAUUAACAAAUUUAAUAUUAUUUUAAACUUGGUGGUUUAUGCAAAUUUAUCAAAACUUUUAGGUUUUUAACACAGAUGUAUUUUUUCUCUUUGAUGAAUCUGUUUUUUUAUUUAUUUUUUUUUAUGAUAGUUUGUAGAUUUUAAGCGCAUUAUGAUUAUUAAGUUAGCUGCUAAAUGUUCCUUUUAAAGUUUUCAGUUUAUAUUUCUUAAGGAGUAUGUUUAAAUUAACAAACUGGUAGUUCAUAAAAUUAUUAUUUUAGUGUGUUAAACAAUGAUUUUUAUUAUUUAUUUAUUAUUAUUAUUAUUAUUAUUUUUUUUUUUUUUACAUUCUGUUAGAGUUAUGUUGUUGAAUUGUUUAUUUUUUAUUUAUUUUUCAAUAUUGAUUUGGGUGUAUUCAACUUAAAACAAAAUAUGUAAUGAUUUUGGUUUUAUUUUUUUUCGUGUUUUCUUGAGAAUAAGUUUUGUACCAAAGAUUAUUACUGACAAAUCAUUGUAUUAAUUCUAAAAGGACUGACGAAUUAUACAUUUUUUUUUUUUUUUUUGGUGACCUUUUAAAUUUGAGUUUUCUCAUUUACUUUCCUAUUUAUUAAAUAAUGUAUAAUGUUUAUCAUAUUUACUAUUUAUAGAUAGGUAUUCCAGUAGAUACUAUGUACUUGCUUAAUGUGAUUUUAGUGGUAUACAAGCACUAAGUAUUAUGAUUUAUGCAGUUUAAGGCAGUUAUUUCUCUUAAACAGCCACCAAUAAUCUUCUGCAGUACUUGCAACCUAAUUGUUCCGGCAUACAUGUAAUGAUUAAAUACUUUUUAAUUUAUACAAAACAAUAAUGUAUGUUACAGUAUUUAAAUUUGCUUAAAUAAUUAUUGUAAAACCAGAACAUUCGUCAGAAUCUUAAAAUUCAUAAUAAAAAAAAUUACAGUGCAGUAUUACCGGAACUUAAAAUAUAAAACUAGUUUUUAUCUAUAACUAUAAGAAUUUAGUUUUUUUUUAAUGAAAUUCAAAAAUUAAUAUCUGUAAUAACCUUAGAAUUGUGAUCAAAUAUUUUUAGUACCUAUUUAUUAGUGUUUUAGGGAUGUCCAGCUUGAAGAUUUUGUUCUUGAUUUCAUAUAGUUUUUCAUAUUCCAAAUAAAAAAUUUGUGAUUUUCAACUUUAAGGGUGAUUUUGAAUUGCGAAUUAGAUCUGAUUUGUACUUCUGAGAGGUUAAAAUUAAAAAUUCCCAGCAUUGUGUUUUUUGUAAAUAGGAAAAACAAGUAAAAAUUAAUAAUAAAAAAAAAAAAAACAACAACAAAUUUUUAAGCUAAACCAGUUUUCAAAUAAAUUGAUUAAAUUUAACCCAUAAAAUAACUAUUUCUCCUUGAACACAUUUUAUUAUUUUGUAGAUAUUUAAAAUUGAAUAUCUAACUGUAAAUACUUAAAAUUUUCAUUCUAUUCAUAGACUAUUGGAAUUUUUAAUUUUUGUAUCAGUUAACAUUUUUGAAAAUUUAAUAUAAGAUUCCAUAAAAAAAAUCUAUUUUUUUAUGUUUUUAAUGGUCAAAUUUGAACAAUAUUACGUUUUUAACAAUGUUAUUUAUUAAAUUUUAUGUCAAAAACCUUGUUAGUGGAGACUAAAACUUUUAUGUUUAUUAUAUUAUGAAUUCUACUAUGUACUUAUUUUUACUGUCUCACAGUAUUUAUAAAAAUAUGUUAUUACAUUUUGAGUUAUAUAAGUUAACUAGCUGAAUUACCUGGCUUUCCCCGUGUGAAGUUACUAUUUUCUCUAAAUGAAAUUCUUACAUCAAUAUGCAUAGUUGUGUUUUAAAGAAGAAAAAAUAUUAAUAAUUAUUCAUCUCGUGCUACAUAGUUGUAGUAGAUGAAUUACAAAUAAAUAAUAAUAUUUGUAUUAAUAUAAUAUUAAUGUAUUAAUGUUUUAAUAGCUAUGUCAAUAACCAUUAUGAAAUAUAUCAAUAAAUACAAAUUUAGCACAUCCAUAAUAGUGAUUCAAAUACCCAAUUUAUAUGUACCUAAGGUUAGGUCUUAUUGUACAUCUUUUUUUUUUUUUUUUGGUUAAUAAAAACAUUCCAAGAAUUUUGAAUAUUGAAUGUUGAUCUUUCCAAAGUACAAAUUAGAUGCACUUUAUUAUACCAAAGUACUCUUAAAUUUGAAAGUUAUUUUUUUGACUACUUCUCAUAAAUACAAACACUAAAAAAAUCAAUAUGUUGAUCACUCCACUCUGAAUCUAAAAAUAUAAUAUACCUGUAAAUAGUUUUUUAUCAAGAAUAUUAAAAAUGUAACUAUAAACUUAUUUUUAUCUAAUUAAAAACUAAUUCUAGUUUACUUAAAAUAUAUAAUACUAAAUAAUUAACCAUCAUUUCUAUGAGUAUGGUAUGAUUUUAACAUAAUAUUUUUAAGUAUUUAUAUUAUGUUAAAAUAGUUAAAUCAUACAUUUUCAAAUAAAUAAAUCGGUUUGCAUUAUGCACUCCCUUGACAAAUGUCACUGGCAAAGUCUGGUGUAUAUCUCUGAUUUCACUCCACAUAUUAAUAUAAUAUUUUAUGUCAAUUCAAGGAUGUACCUAAUACUUGUCUUCUAACAUAUCAUGUCAGUAGCCAAGUACACGUUCCGAGUAUUUUAAUGGUAUCAGGUUUAAAGUGUUAUUACAGACUGAACAUAAAAAAAAUAUACAUGUAUAAUAUAAAAUUAUUUAUUGGUUUAAAUAAUAAUAUUAAGUAAUAUUUUAUUAGGUAUUUAAAAAAUGUACCUAAUAAGUAACAAGUGAAAAUCUAUUAAAAUAGUCACUACAAUAAAGGCACAAUAAUAAAUUUUGUUGCAGAACAUUAA